UGACAGUACGUAGAAAGGCUGAGAAAUUCGGUAAGAUUUUGCAAAGUUUCCCUUUGUGUGAAUCAGUUUUGAUAUCACUGAGGAUUUUUCAACGCUACUGAAUCAGAUGUAAAAAUGUUCCACACACCUUUGACACAGCUCUACUUUCAAGACAACCAGAGAAUAAAGCAAGAUAUUUGUAACCUGGAGCUCUCUAUCCCUUUUCAAUCAAUUUUAAAACAUUUAGAAGAAGCCACUACAUCUGACAAAUCAGCUUGUGUCAAUAUUUAUGGUGAACCAGGUUGUGGACGUUCAUCAGUCUUGCUAGAUGUUUGUGAAACAUCUAUUCAAAGCAAAUUAUUACUAUCAGAGGUGUUUGGUGUAAGAGUCAGACAAGGGUGUACCUUAGAGUCCUUCUGGAAUUUGCUUAGUGAAAUUGCAAAAGGAAGACAGGACCGAGAGACAGCAUCUACUCUAACCAACUCAAAAGUCAAGUUAAGCAAAAAAUACAAAGUUGCCGAAGCCUUCAUCUCAACAAACUUCAAAUUGAUUUGCAUAGAUGAUGCAAGUGCUGAUGGUGGGAUUGUUUGGUCUCACCUUUCAAAGUUGUUGAACAAAACUAGUGUUGGUGUUGCACUUGUUUCCAGUGAAUGUAACUUUCCUUUCAAAGAAGAAAUAAGGGAUUGGCAAUCACUCUCUGUGGAGGUUAAAGGUCUUAAUGUGCAAUCCUUUAGAAUUAAUGUCAGACAGCUGAACUCUUCCUGGAAGUUAAGUGAAGAAAAGAUCUCUGAAAUGCAUUGCAUAUUGAAUGGCAACCCUAAAGCAAUCAGUAUUCUGAUUAAUGUUUUCAAAGAAUUUAACCUUCAAGACAAGAGUUUGAAUUGUGUCCUUUUGUCUCUGAAAAAUUACAAAAUGGUACAUGAAAUUGGAAAAGAAGAUCACCAUCCCAUUUUAAUGAUCCUUCAAUUUGUAUUUGAACGCCUAACUGCUUUUGAGAAAAAAGUUUAUAGCCAGCUCUGUAACCUGCGAGAACCUCUCCCUGUUAUUCAUCUUUCAAAGGAAACAGAAAAGCUAAUUAGGCUUGGCUUGGUUGAUAACCAAGCCAGCAGCAUGCGUAGCAGCAAACAAGAAAUUGAUGUAGUAUCAAUAUCAGUGGCUCAAUGCCUCCAGCUGAGUGCAGCAAAACUCCUCGAUUUCUCAGUUGAAGAUGAAUUACUAAGUGCCUUUGGUAUGUGGCAUGCACUCUUGUCAAGUAAACUUCAGAUGCUCAUUAUUGAUGCAAAAAGGAAUGCAUGGCCUUUUGUCCCUGAGAAAUGGCAAUACACUUCCCGUGUUGGACCAGAAGAAAGGUACAAUAUUAAGGAUCUAAUUACAGCUAAGAAUUCUACUGCUCCAUUCUUAACUGAACUUGACAUCAUGGAGGAGUGCUUGUUUCAUGCAGUGAAAGAGAAGAAAUACAGCACUGUAGGAGCAUUAGUGUUUGUUCUGGACAGGUUCACUUAUUGGCAAGGAAUGUCUCAUAGGACUCUUCAAUUUGUUGAAUAUCUGAAGACCAACAGUCCUGGCAUACCCAUUGCACCUCAGUUAUUGAUAAGAAAUGUCAGAAUUAUGAAAAACGCAGGAAACCUACAAGGUGCGGAGAAAGCUCUUGACGAUCUCCUAGCUCAGAAGGCACAAAUCGGUAAAUGGAUCUACCAGGCGGAACAUGAUCGUCAACUUGUAAGUGCAGUCUGCAUUCAGAUCAAAGGUGACAUUCAGUACAACCUGGGACAAUGGACGGAAGGGGCAAAGCUUUUGUUGGAUUCUGUGGUUUUGUUUAGCACACUUCCAAUCCCAGAUACAAAAGGAAUCUCCUCCAGCCUUGCUAUUCUCGGUAACUGCUUUCAGCGAAUGAGUGUAACUGAGUAUCUACCUGUUUGUCACAUGUAUGGUCUCACAGCCUCCCAUCCAUUGCUUCAAGCUUACCACUGCGCGUGCGAGGCUGCUGAAAGAUCACAAUUCACGCCACUUUUUUACGCCAGACAUAAAUGUCGUGCCGGGGAAUGUUUGUUGCAUUACUCAAGAGUUAUUCCGUGUGGAACUACAAAGCAAGACUGUCUUAAGAAUUCCAUUCAAGCUUUCAAAGACAGCAUUCAAGCUCAUAAAGACCUGCAGUCGUUGACAAGCCGAGAAGAGUUCUAUGUCUUUGUUUGUGCAGUUUACAAGCUUGGCCUCGCAUACGAGGAGUUGUCAUCAGAUACUGGUUGCACUGACCAAGGAAAGGAGGUAUUACGAAUGUCGAUGUCAAUGUAUGAACACUACUGCCACUUCAGCGGGAUGAUCAUUUUGGAUGGCGGUAUCACUACGCUGAUUGCUCACUGUCUAGGUUUUUUAGGGUUGCCUCAGUGGUGUGCAGAUUCUCGAGAUGUCAACAAAAAAGCACUUUCCUUAACUGUCGUCGAAAAUCGGCGUGAGGAAACGAGCAAGUCAGUUUUUGUGCACUCAAGAGCACUGACUGACAGCUCGGUGGAAAGAGGCAUCAGAUCAGAUCAUCACGAGACUCGUUUGGAAAUGCGUAGCGAAGGAUUUGUGGUCACCGAUAGCUUAACGGCAGAAAAGCCCAAACAUUCUCACAGCGGUCUUACUAACACAGGAGGAAGGCCACCAGCUACAAACUACAUUGACUUAACUGUUAAUAGAGAUUGUGAAACAAGAGAAAGCUGUUCAACCGAAGAUUCCCCAGAACCUGUCACUGAUGCAUCAGGUGACAGCUUUGAAGUGAAGGUCGAUACUGCAGAUCCCUGUGUUAUAAUCCAACACCUGGAACAGGAGACGGUGGCAAUCAGCAGUGACAGGCUUCUGUCUCAAACCAUAAACGAUCUUCAGUCUCAUCUCCGGAACGUGAAAGUAGAUCCGAGUCACAAAGUACAAGCUGCUAUUGUUUGGAGAUAUGACUACCUACGAAGAGAGUGGAAAGGGGAAAAGACAUUGGCAUAUGUUGGAAAUUUACUUGAGUUAGAGGAAGGCAAAGAGGGAGCACAGAGAAAUGCGUAUAUGGUAGAGUUUGCUGAUCAAGAUGAUCCUUUGGCAGGGUAUGUGGCAAAGUGUUACAAGAAGCCCAGAGAUAUCAAACAGUAUCAACAGGAUGUCAUUUGUCAGAUGACAGCUCGUCAUUACGUCACACUUUUCAACCAGCAACUCUAUCUUGCAGCUGUGAAUGUGGGCGAUAUCCAGUUCCUUCCUGUUGUUUUGCUACAACUUGUUGACGGUGGUGGCCCCGUCAGUGGUGCCGUGUAUAACGUGGAACCUUACAUGGCUGGAGAAUUUGUCAAACUCACCAACAACUUUGGCUUUGUCAGAAGUGAGGACGGCAUGUCCGACAUAGUUUUGGCAUUCAGCCACUUCACAUUCGAAGCAUCAAAACAGCAGCUAGUGAUCGUUGAUAUUCAAGGCUGGACUCCAGAUACUACUGACAAAGGUGAAUGCACAUUUCUCACUGACCCUCAGAUUCACUCGGAGCGAUACCAGUGUUUUGGAACAGGGAAUUUACGUCAGCGUGGCAUUGAUAGCUUUUGGAAAGAGAUGCAUCCGAAGUGUAAUAACAUUUGUAUUAAGUUAAAACUAUCAAGACCGAACGUCAUAUCAAAAUGAAUUGAGUGCAAGAAGUGAACUGAACAGUCAGCUGUACAAGAUUGUGGUAUUUGUCCUAUGUGACAGAAAGUAAUGCUCGAUAAAAAUGCAAAAUAGUUUCUCCUAGACUAAAGAUUAAAGUGUCAAGCGACCGAAUGAUAAGGACGCAUCCGAACCAGUCGCUUGACACUUAAAUCUGCCUAAUCAUUCCAAGCAUCAGAUGGCGGUCUGCGGUCUUUCCCUACAUUUAGGUAGUUCGGAAAGCCGCAAAACUCUUGAACAAAAGUUUAUAUUUCAAAUCGGCACUCUUAAUCCCAACGGUAUCAAUGAACGCUUUUCAUUCUACUUAUUUAUUCUUGUUGGUUUGAUUACCGUGUCCUUACCAAAAGCGGAGCCCCACUUUUUGUAUAUGAACACACACACAACCCACAAUUGUUCCCUUCUCUCUGACGAAGGGCUAACGCUCGAAACGUCAGCUUUGGAACUC